AUGGAUGACGCAGAGCUUGAUCAGAUCCGAAAAGCUCGUCUAGAGCAGCUCAAGGCUCAAGGCGGCGGUAGCAGUGGAGGCGGUUCGUCUGGGCAGCAAGAACAGCAGCAGCGCCAACAACAGCAGCAAGAAGAAGCUCGUCAACACAUCCUCAACCAGAUCCUUCACCCCGAGGCCGCCGACCGUCUUGGCCGUAUCCGUCUUGUCAAGGAGGAGCGGGCCGCCGACAUCGAGAACCGACUCAUCACGCUCGCCCAGACAGGUCAACUGCGACAAAAGGUCACCGAGGCGCAACUCAAGGAGCUUCUCAACGCUAUGUCGGAGAGCAAGGAAGAGGAGAAGAUUGUUGUAAGCAGGCGCAAGGCUUGGGACGAUGACGAUGAUUUGGACCUGUGA